GUUGAAAGUUUGUUAGAUGCAGGCCCAACGUCUUUGGGUCGGGACAGGUGGGAGCAAGGAAAGGUGGGGUGAGAGUGUUUAACCUCAAGAAGCAGCCGUUAGCUGAAGACAGCCACAGGCGAUGCUCAUCCCUCUGCCGUUCACACAGCCAGUUAAGUCAAGUCACUUUUUAUUGUCAUUUCUAUCAUAACCACUGGUACAGUACGCAGUAAAAGCAAGAUGUUUUUCAGGACCCUGGUGCUGCAUGAAACAGUACAAAAACUACACUGAGCACUGAGCUAAAUCCAGUUCAAACCGAAUCGACGAGUUUGCAGUGACACAGCAGUGGUUGACAAUGUUCCCUCUAAGGCAUGCGCGCGUGUGUAUCUUCUGCUACGAGUGCACAAAGGAAUUUGAAUCGCGUGCGACUGUCACCCUCUACCCCAUCAGCUCGUUGAGUAUAUUUCAUGACUGUACACAACCACUUUUCUUUUCCCGGGUUCUGAUGUGGAUGAACUUUGUGAUGAUCUGUCUGCAGGUUUCAGAACUGGCUCAUUUAUGCUGUUUUUAUUGAAGAAGUUAUUCAGUGCACACACACUGUUGUCACUGGCCAAAAAAACUGCACAGCACAAGAUUUUUAUGCGCACUGAUCAUUACAAAUUGGAGGGAACGUUUGUGGUUGGCCUCGUCAUCAACGACAACGAGACGACGUCCAGAGAGGAGGUCGAGCGGCUGGCAAGCACGAUAAACUUGAGUCUCAAAGUGGACAAGACCGAGGAGUUAAUUGUGGACUGCAGGAAGGUGCAAACUGACCACUACUCAUGGCACAUGUCUGUUGUGUUUUUUUUUAACCCAUCGUAUCUUCCGGUUUAAAAUGGUGCUACUGCAUUUGUGCAACAGCUCAUUUGUAGCUCAGAAGGAAAGAGCUAUGACUAAAAAUGUUGACUAAUAACUCCUUUUCUGAAGUAAAUUGCGGUCAACUGCCCCCGCAAACAAUGAGGAGGCAAGCUGGUUUGAAGGGUGAGCCGCGCUGGUGUGUCUGGAAGCUGAAAUGCAGUGUUCAGGACGGAGUUGUUGGAGUGUACGAUUAGGAGAGGUGUCGAUGCGGAAGAGUUUUGAUGCCCGUCCAAACCCGGGUGUGGGGUCGGACGCUGUGAGCACCGAGCCGAUCUGGUGAGGUCGAGAACGGCCUCGGCUGUGCGGCCCGGGAGCGGCACUGUGCCGGAGUCCGAGUCCUAGAGCGAGGCACUACCUGGUUCUUGAACAAUUUAAACGCUGACCCAGGUAGACUGGAAAGCCCGAGUAUCGGGUCCGGAGGCGAGGAAUAGGGAAUGGUGAAGGGAAGGGGGCUUUUCUCACCACACAGCCGAUAUGUACAGACCACAUGAGAUCCUCGGUGAUUUAGAUGCUGAGGAACUUAAAGCUGUUCACCCUCUCAACCCCAGGUCCAUUGAUGUCAAAAGGGGUGAGUCUGUCUCCAUUCCUCCUGUAAUCCACAACCAGCUCCUUUGUUUUUGCAACAUUGAGGGAGAGGUUGUUUUCUUGUCGGGGUGAUGACUUCUCUGUAGCUGCCUCAUUAUUAUUUGAGAUUAGACCAAUCAGUCUAGUGUCGUCAGCAAGUUUAAUUAGCAUCUUGGAGCUGUGGGUGGCAACACAGUCAUGGGUAUACAGAGAGUAAAGGAGGAGGUUUUAUAUACAGCCCUGAGAGACACCUGUGCUGGGGGGCGGAGGUGAGGGAGCCCACUCUUACCAUCUGCUAGCGAUCUGACAGGAAGCCCAGGAUCCAGCUGCACAAGGCAGGGUGAAGGCCGAGGUCUCUGAGCUUCUUGUCGAGCCUGGAAGGAACUGUGGAAUUGAAUGCUGAACUGUAGUCCAAGAACAGCAAUCUCACAUAAGCAUCCUUCUUCUCCAGACAUGUAAGGACGGUGUGUAGAGCUGUGGCUGUUGCAUCAUCUAUCAGUCAAAUGGUUGUUGAAUUGUAGGGGGUUCUGUGUGGGUGGUAGCAAGCUGAAGAUGUGGUCCUUGGCCAGCCUCUCAAAGCAUUUGCUUAUUAUUGAGGUGAGUGCGACAGGGCACCAGUCGUUCAGACAUGUUACCUUUGGACUUUUUAGGCACAGGGACAAUGGUGGAUGUUUUGAAGCAGGAGGGCACUCUACACUGGAAGAGGGAGAGAUUAAAAAUGUCUGCAAACACACCUGCCAGUUGCGCUGUGCACAUCCUGAGUACCCGCCCUGGGAUGCCGUCCGGUCCCGCAGCCUUGUGACCGUCCACCCAUUGGAAACAUCUGUGAACCUCAGCCUCAGAGAUGACCAACCGCCGGUCACAUCAUCUGCAGGUCUCCUCCGGGGCUCAGUAUUGGCGACGUCGAAUUGAGCUUGAAAAAGAUCUAUCUCGUCGAUGUUGGGAACCCCGCUGAAGUCUGCGACGGUGUGCAGACCGCGCCAUAAGUCGUGUGUGUUGUUGGUGGAGAGCAGAGUCUGAACCUUGUCACUGUUUCGCUGCCUUGACGACUUUGCGCAUUUCUUAAGCUCUUGCUGAUUACCGGCAGCGGCAGUGUUGAGUAUGCCCACAAGAAAAUGGAUCUCAGGGCGGUAUAUGGUGACAUGUAACCAUAUAACAAUUACAGCACGGAAACAGGUCAUCCCGGCCCUUCUAGUCCAUGCCGAACGCUUACUCUCACCUAGUCUCACUGGCCCGCACUCAGCUCAUAACCCUCCAUUCCUUUCCUGUCCAUAUACCUAUCCAGUUUUACUUUAAAUGACAAUAUCGAACCUGCCUCUACCACUUCUACUGGAAGCUCAUUCCACACAGCUACCACUCUCUGAGUAAAGAAGUUCCCCCUCGUGUUACCCCUAAACUUUUGCUCCCCAACUCUCAACUCAUGUCCUCUUGUUUGAAUCUCCCCUACUCUCAAUGGAAAAAGCCUAUCCACGUCAACUCUAUCUAUCCCCCUCAUAAUUUUAAAUACCUCUAUCAAGUCCCCCCUCAAACUUCUACGCUCCAAAGAAUAAAAACCUAACUUGUUCAACCUUUCCCUGUAACUUAGAUGCUGAAACUCAGGUAACAUUUUCGUAAAUCUCCUCUGUAUUCUCUCGAUUUUUUUGACAUCUUUCCUAUAAUUCGGUGACCAGAACUGUACACAAUACUCCAAAUUCAGCCUUACCAAUGCCUUGUACAAUUUUAAUAUUACAUCCCAACUCCUAUACUCAAUGCUCUGAUUUAUAAAGGCCAGCGUACCAAAAGCUUUCUUCAUCACCCUAUCCACAUGAGAUUCCACCUUCAGGGAACUAUGCACCAUUAUUCCUAGAUCACUCUGUUCUACUGCAUUCUGCAAUGCCCUACCAUUUACCAUGUAUGUCCUAUUUUGAUUAUUCCUACCAAAACGUAGCACCUCACACUUAUCAGUGUUAAACUCCAUCUGCAGUCUUUCAGCCCACUCUUCGAACUGGCCUAAAUAUCUCUGCAAGCGUUGAAAACCUAUUUCAUUAUCCACAAUGCCACCUAUCUCAGUAUCAUCUGCAUACUUACUAAUCUAAUUUACCACCCCAUCAUCCAGAUCAUUAAUCUAUAAGACAAACAACAUUGGACCCAGUACAGAUCCCUGGGGCACACCACUAGUCACCGGCCUCCAACCUGACAAACAGUUAUCCACCACUACUCUCUGGCAUCUCCCAUCCAGUACAUAUAUGUACUUUGAAUAAUAAAUUUACUAUGAACUUUGAACUAUGAACAAGAAAAAGAACUAUUAAAAGUUACAUUUUGAGCAUCAUGCAAUGGGCAGAGCUUCGAUGGGCAGUACAUGUGCAUCAAGAACAGAUUCUUUCAGGGCUUCAAAUUUACAGGCAAUCACCACAACGGGCAGCAUAAUGAAUUUCGGGCAUUAAGUAAUUACCUGGCCUUUCACCCGGAGGUUGACAUGUCAGACUAAUGGGGCAUUUUGACUCUAAUUUAACCCACAACCUCACCCACAACUACAAUCAGCCAAAAGUCCUUUAAGACAGCAAUAAUCGGCCAGUGGUAAAGCGGCAUCAGCACCAGACUUUGAGGCCGAGUUGCUAGCUGGGCGUUUCAACCUGGCGCAGAAAGCGUGCGAGGAACCGGCCGGAUUCGAACCCGGGACCAGUCGCCUGGAAGCCCGGAAGGGAUGCUACUACACCACCGGCCCGCGCUGCUUGAAAGGUCUGAGAGCCGUCUUUUUUAACUCCCCUCAGCACGCCUGGACUUGCUCCCUGUUCCAAAUCAAGAUCAAGUUUAUUAUCAUUGACGUAUAUCGUGAAAUUAGUUGUUUUUGCAGCCACAGCGCAGUGGAAUUAAUUUUUUUUUAAACCAUACUCUGCAAAUGUACAGCUAGGGUGCCUAAGAGAAUUGUACAGUACUGUAGUAAUUUUAUGUAUUGCACUGUACUUCUGCCGUAAAAAAAAAACAAAUUUCAUGACAUAUGUGAGUGAUGAUAAACCUGAUUCUGAUCUGGGUCUCUAUUGCUGGGUGAGAGAGGAAAGGGGACAGGGAGAGGGGAAUUAUGGUUGGGAAAAGGGGAAGGGAGCGGGAAACACCAGAGAGACUUUCUGUAACGAUCAAUAAACCAAUUAUUUGGAAUCAAAUGACCUUGCCUGGUGUCUCAGGGCUGGGUGUGUUUGCAAGGCCUCAACAGAGUGGAUGUAGAAAGGAUGUUCCCUCUGGUGGAGAAGCCUAGGACCAGAGGACACAACCUCAGAAUAGAGGGACGUCCAUUUAGAACGGAGAAGAGGAGGGAUUUCUUUAGCCAGAGGGUGGUGAAUCUGUGGAAUUUGUUGCAACAGGCGGCUGUGGAGGCCAAUUCAUUAGGUAUAUUUAGGGCAGAGAUUGAUAGAUUCUUGAUUACUCAGGGUAUGAAGGGAUAUGGGGAGAAGGCAGGAGACGGGCUGAGAGGGGAAAUAGAUCAACCGUGAUGAAAUGGUGGAGCAGGCUUGAUGGGCCAAAUGGCCUAAUUCUGCUCCUGUAUCUUGCAGUCUUGUGAACUAAAUAAGCAGAUAACUAGAUAGAUAUCAUGCACACAAGAAAUUCUGCAGCUGCAGGAAAUCCAGAGCAACACACACAAAAUGCUGAAGGAACUCAGGAGGUCAGGCAGCAUCUACGGGAACGAAGAAACAGCCAACUUUUUGGGCCGAGGCCCUUCUUCAGGACUGCAAAGGAAGGGGAAGAUGCCGGAAUAAAACCGGUGGAGGGAGCUGAAGGAGUACAGCUAGAUGGUGACAGGUAAAAAGGUAAAGGGCUGGAGAGGAAGGAAUCUGAUUGGAGAGGGUGGACAGUAGGAGAAAGGGAAGGAGGAGAGGUCCCGGGGGAGGUGAUAGGCAGGUAAGAGGCCAAAGUGGGAAAAGAAGAGGGGAGGGGGAGUGAUUUUUUUUACCAGAAGGAGGAAUCGAUACUCAUUCAAUCAGGUUGGAGGCUACCCAGACAGAAUUAAACACAGAAAAUGCUAGAGGAACUCAGCAGGCCAGGCAGCAUCUAUGGAAAAAAUAUUCCAGGUGGAAUAGAUAGAUAAUGCAAAAAGAGAUCAAAAUAGUGAGGUAAUAUUCAUGGCUUCAUGAAUCUGUUUGGAAGUCUAAGAGGAUGCUCCUAAAAUGUUCAGUGUGUGUCUUCAGGUACCUGGGCCUCACCCUGAUGGUAGUAAGGAGAAGAGGGCGUGUCCCAGCUGGUAAUGAUGGAUGUCUCCUUUUGAAGGUGUCCUCGGUGGUGGGGAGAGAUGGAGUUGGUUGUAUCUAGCACCCCCUGCAGCUUUCUCCAGUCCUGUGCGCCCACGCCUCCUUAUCAGGCGGCGUUGCAACGGGCAGAAGGAAUCAGUCAUCGUCCGAGUGACCACGCUGUAGGAGGAGUCAGGGUCUUGAGACCUGGAAGAAGUUUGUUUAAAAGCCGAGUUAAGCUGCUUCUUUAUGCUGGCAAUCUUACCUCUGACACAGCAGGCAAAGGGCUUAAAGCCAAAUAAGUGAUAGUCUAGGCCGGGAGUUCCCGACUUUUUUAUGCCAUGGACCAAUAUCAUCAGCAAGGGGUUGAUAGACCCCAGGCUGGGAACCCCUGUUCUAGAUUGACAUUUUAGUGCUAUACUGACGGUGAGCUACAAAUUAAGAUGGGUAGAAUUGGGAUGAAAAACUAAAUGGAGUUCCCUAUCACCCUCCAGACAAAGUCAUAGAACAAUAGAGCACUAUUCCAUAAAAAUAGGCCCUUUAGACCAUCUGGACCAUACCUUGAGCUAUCUACUUGCAAUGAGGUCUUCAGGCCUGCGUGGGGCACCAGAGAGCACUUGGCGCAGAGGUUCCUAGAGCACCUGAAUUGUUUAAUUGUUGUUUAACAGAAGUUGUUAAUCAUUUAGAGUUCCUUGUGAAUGUGGUCUCUCGGUGCCUUUUGUUUAAGUUUGUUACUUUGGUAGGCUCGGGGAUUCCACGUCACUUGUACUACAAAAGCGGACUCCUGAUUCGGGCUGAUUGUGGGGUCCUGGUUUUGAGACUGUGAAUUCUCGCGGUGCUGCUCAGCCGAGACACCUAAGACCUUUUGGAAUAAAUAUGAAUAAACUCUCAUCACUAUGUCCACAUUAGAGUCCGUAUGGGGGUGAGGGGGGUGGCUAGGGCGCAGGAUUGAGAUAAGCUGCAGAAAGUUGUAAACUCAGUCAGCUUUAUCAUGGGCACUUGCCUCUCCAGCGUCCAGAACAUCUUCAAGCAGCGAUACCUCAAAAAAGUGGCGUCCAUCAUUAAGGACCCCCAUCACACAGAACAUGUUCUCUUUUUAUUAUACAACCAGGAAGGAGGAGCCUGAAGGCACACACCCAGCGAUUCAGGGACAGCUUCUUCCCCUCAACCAUCUGAUUUCUGAAUGGAUGUUGAACCCACAAACACUACCUCACUAUUUUCUUUUUCUCUUUUUGCACGACUCGUUUAAUUUAUCUUUAUUAAUAUAUAUACCUCAUACCGUAAUUUAGUUUUUUAUUAUUAUAUAUUGCAAUGUAUUAUGAUUCUCCCAUGCAGGUAGACUGGGAGAAUCAGAAUGGUACUGGACCCCGAGAAAGGGAGUUUGUGGAGUGCCUCCGAGAUGGAUUCUUAGAACAGCUUGUACUGGAGCCUACCAGGGAGAAGGCAAUUCUGGAUUUAGUGUUGUGUAAUGAACUGGAUUUGAUCAGGGACCUCGAGGUAAAGGAACCAUUAGGAGAUAGUGACCAUAAUAUGAUAUGUUUUAACCUACAAUUUGAGAAGGAGAAGGGAAAAUCGGAUGUGUCAGUAUUACAGUUGAACAAAGGGAACUAUGGAGCUAUGAGGGAGGAGCUGGCCAAAGUUCAAUGGAACAAUACCCUAGCAGGGAAGACAGUGGAGCAACAAUGGCAGGUAUUUCUGGGAAUAGUGCAGAAGGUGCAGGAUCGGUUCAUUCCAAUGAGGAAGAAAGAUCCUAAGGGGAGUAAGGGGCAGACGUGGCUGAUGAGGGAAGUAAAGGGCAGUAUAAAAAUAAAAGAGAAGAAGUAUAACAUAGCAAAGAUGAGCGGGAAACCGGAGGACUGGGAAGCUUUUAAAGAGCAACAGAAGAUAACAAAAAAGGCAAUAAGCCAAGAAAAAAUGAGGUACGAAGGUAAACUAGCCAAGAAUAUAAAGGAGGAUAGUAAAAGUUUCUUUAGGUAUGUGAAUAGCAAAAAAAUAGUUAAGACCAAAAUUGGGUCAUUGAAGACAGAAACAGGUGAAUUUAUUAUGGGGAACACGGAAAUGGCAGAUGAGUUGAACAGGUACUUUGGAUCUGUCUUCACUAGGGAAGACGCAAACAAUCUCCCAGAUGUAAUAGAGGCCAAAGGAACUAGGGUAAAGGAUGAACUGAAGGAAAUUUAUAUUAGGCAAGAAACGGUGUUGGAUAGACUGUUGAGUCUGAAGGCUGAUAAGUCCCUGGGACCUGAUGGUCUGCAUCCCAGGGUACUUAAAGAGGUGGCUCUAGAAAUCAUGGACGCAUUGGUAUGGUAAUCAUUUUCCAAUGUUCUAUAGAUUCAGGAACAGUUCCUGCUGAUUGGAGGGUGGCUAAUGUUGUCCCACUUUUCAAGAAAGGAGGGAGAGAAAAAACAGGGAAUUAUAGACCGGUUAGCCUGACACCAGUGGUGGGAAAGAUGCUGGAGUCAAUUAUAAAAGAGGAAAUUACAACACAUUUGGAUAGCAGUAGAAGGAUCAGUCCGAGUCAGCAUGGAUUUAUGAAGGGAAAAUCAUGCUUGACUAAUCUUAUGGAGUUUUUUAAGGAUGUAACUAUGAAAAUGGACAAGGGAGAGCCAGUGGAUAUAGUGUACCUGGACUUCCAGAAAGCUUUUGAUAAAGUCCCACAUAGAUUAGUGGGCAAAAUUAGGGCACAUGGUAUUGGGGGCACAGUACUGACAUAGAUUGAAAAUUGGCUGGCUGACAGGAAACAAAUAGCAAUUAAUGGGUCCCUUUCGGAAUGGCAGGCUGUGACCAGUGGGGUACCGCAAGGUUCAGUGCUGGGACCGCAGCUGUUUACAAUAUACAUUAAUGAUUUAGAUGAAGGGAUUAAAAGUAACAUUAGCAAAUUUGCAGAUGACACAAAGCUGGGUGGCAGUGUGAAAUGUCAGGAGGAUGUUAUGAGAAUGCAGGGUGACUUGGACAGGUUGGGUGAGUGGGCAAAUGUAUGGCAGAUGCAGUUUAAUGUGGAUAAAUGUGAGGUUAUCCACUUUGGCAAGAACAGGAAGGCAGAUUACUAUCUAAAUGGAGUCAAGUUAGGAAAAGGGGAAGUACAAUGAGAUCCAGGUGUUCUUGUACAUCAGUCAAUGAAAGCAAGCAUGCAGGUACAGCAGGCAGUGAAGAAAGCUAAUGGCAUGCUGACCUUUAUAACAGGAGGAAUUGAGUAUAGGGGUAAAGAGGUCCUUCUGCAGCUGUACAGGGCCCUGGUGAGACCCCACCUGGAGUAUUGUGCGCAGUUUUGGUCUCCAAGUUUGAGGAAGGACAUUCUUGCUAUUGAGGGAGUGCAGCAUAGGUUCACAAGGUUAAUUCCCGGAAUGGCAGGACUGUCAUAUGUUGAAAGAUUGGAAUACACUGUAUACUUGUAUACACUGGAAUUUAGAAGGAUGAGAGGGGAUCUGAUUGAAACAUAAAAGGCUAUUAAGGGAUUGGACACACUGGAGGCAGGAAGCAUGUUCCCGCUGAUGGGUGAGUCCAGAACUAGGGGCCACAGUUUAAGAAUAAGGGGUAGGCCAUUUAGAACAGAGAUGUGGAAAAGCUUUUUCACUCAGAGAGUGGUGGAUAUGUGGAAUGCUCUGCCCCAGAAGGCAGUGGAGGCCAAGUCUCUGGAUGCAUUCAAGAGAGAGUUAGAUAGAGCUCUUAUAGAUAGUGGGGUCAAGGGAUAUGGGGAGAGGGCAAGAAUGGGAUACUGAUUGUGGAUGAUCAGCCAUGAUCACAGUGAAUGGUGGCGCUGGCUAGAAGGGCCGAAUGGCCUACUCCUGCACCUACUGUCUAUUGUCUAUUGCAUUGCUUCAGCAAAACAACUAAUUUCACCACAUACACUGGUGUUAUUAAUCCUGCUUCUGAAGACCCCUCGGCCGUCAGAUUUCUGAAUGGACAUUGAACCCACGAACACUCAACGGGAUGUUAUGUCAAGUUAAAUUUAGAGAAGGUCCAAUGUUCAGUUUUUGAAUCUAGCCAAGACUUUUAUACAUUAUGGGGACCAUUUUUGAGUUAUUUUCAAAACCUUUGAUUUGUUGUAAAAGUACAGAUGGUGGCUAAUAUAUUUUAUUAUAUGAUAAGGGUUUUUCCCCUUUUCUCUUGCUUUUCCUAAUAGCUUUGACUUUGGUAUUGGGUUUAGAUUUUUUUAUAUAUAUAACAAAAUUAUUAUAUUUCAAUAUUACAAUUUAAUUUAAUUUUUAUGAAUACAGGGUUUUGUGAUUGUAACUGUAUUUUUAAUAUAAUGUAUUUGGUACUAUUUUAUUUUUUUCUUUUGACUUGUACUCUAUAUUCCUUUAUGCAGAAGCAAAUAAAAAUAUU